GUAACCAAAACAGGUUAUAUGUACACAUACCCUUCACUUUGCCCGCCUACAUGGUACACACAUUGUGUACGCCUUACACUGAAGAAAAGGUCUGUUACCCACACACCCACACCCGCUCGCCACAGGGAUUGUCCAGCUGGAUUAAUGUUAGUCAUAUAUAAUGAUCAGUAAUUAUAAGCAGUAUAGUUAUUUAUAGAUCCACCCCGCUGAAGUAGGUCAACCUUAAAACCAGCCUGAUAUUACACGCUCGAACCAAUCAAUGGAAAACAUGGCGCUUGUCUGAACAGUCUGGUGUACAGAUUCCGUUGAAUAUCCAAUUUGAAAAAGAAAGAUGUCGCUGGGAUUUUUAGAAGGGUUUGGAGAACUCGAGCGGAUAUUUGAAGAAGGCAAUACUAGUAGUGAAGAUGAUGAGCCAUCAUGUGAGGAACUUGUGAGCCACCAGACGUAUUACUUGGUCCUGCUAGGUCCCGCGGUUAUCUUCACCAUACUACUGGCCUUCACAGAGAAGAGAUAUGUUAAAAGAGACUGUUGUGGCGGGAGGCCUGGCCUGGUAUAUCCCCAGGAUGUUAUCGGACGCUCCAAUCGAGUGUCGUACGCCGCUGCCUUUGGCUCCAUUGCUUACCUCUGCUCAGGCGUGAUCUUCGAAGGGAAGUAUGCCAUAGACUACACAGGACCACUUUACCUCAAAGUUUUCAUCCUGUUGUUGUCCAUGCUGAUCUAUGGUGUCGGCUACUACCCCUUGUUCCUGUCUCUGGCCUUGGAUUCCAUACCAGGUUAUAUCAUAGGUAUUCUUUACGCCUGGACCAUUACGGGAAUGAACUUUGCGAAGACUUUCCACUGUGAAGGUCUUUCUUCUCUGGAUAUUGGACUUCUGGUCAUUAGAGGUUUCCCUGAAUUCCUAUGCCAGAUUUACCUGUGUUUUAGUCUUCCGGUUCGUUUGAUUCUGCGUAUUCGUCGGCGAAACAUCGUGACGUCAGGUGAUGUCGAGGAGGAAGCUAGAAGUUGCUACUCUGGUCUACACGUCCGGAAACUGUUUGAAAAACCCAUACCCCCAAAACCGGAACCUGUCACAAUCUCAGGAAAGAUCAUGGCUCUUAUCAAGUCCUUGCCUGCACGACUGCUCUAUUUCAACAUUCCAAAAUUUCGUUAUUCCGGCCGUGUCUUGUCAGUUUUCGCUGUUGCCUUCAUCAUCUUGUACCAGAUAACCGUUGAACUCAUAGUGACGGCUGUUUCCAUAUUCGAACUGGUUGAUGUGUACCUGGGGUUUGCUGUUUCCCAAAUUGGUACGGAACCAGUUCCAGGAGAAGACGAAGUUGUCGCCACAUCGAGAGAUAUUAUGUUCCUUUUAUUCUAUAUUUCCAACGCUCUUAAAGGUUGUUUCAUAACCUCUGUAGUGUUUGGGUUUGUCCUCGGAUGUGUACUUAUUUUCCAUUCACUGUGUACUUACAGGAUGUUCCUGUUAGACAGUUACAAGGGUAACCAUCAGUUUUUGAUACCAAAAGAGGACAGCAGCAAUGCGGGCAAACUGGUUGGAUUCAUGCGUUACGCCGGAUACCAGGUGGCUUAUAUAGGAUGGGGGUUCUUUGUACAGACUAUAGUUCUGUUUGUGGUUUCUAUGGUGAUAGCCACGGUCAUCAUCAUGUUCCAGUUCGGCAUUGGUGGCUGGCUCAUUGAUAAAUUACACGCAGUGUGGCCAGUUCUACUGACUUCGUUGGGCGUUAAUGUGAUACAGCUACUGAUGGCUAGAUUUGCCUUUCUUCAGAAACAAGGAGAAUUCAUGGCUUUAAACAACAGACGUCUGUUCUUCAUUGUCGUGUACUUCAUGUUCUUCUAUAAUAUCUUCCUGGGACUGGUGUCCUGUUUGUUGAGGAUACUCAAAGCUAUUCUAGUUGGGGCUUUCUUUCUCCCACGUCUGGACCACAGCACACUUCCGAGACGAUUCCAAUGGUUUGACCCAGGUUUCGCUGCCUAUUGUGGGUUUAUGUACGUCGAGAGUGCGCAUACUAACCCGUGUGCCGUCACGUUCAUCAAAAUGCUGAAAAUAGAAACCCUCACUACCAAGGAACUAGCCGCCGGGGAAACUAUCACCAGACAUGGACGAAAGCGUACGAAAUCUUCACCAGCGUCAAAAUAUAUUCCAUUAACAGCGAACGUGCCAGGCGAGAAUGUAAACAAUAUGAUUGCCCAGCGGAAGUCUAGACAGGCGUUGUUUCGGUGGCAGGUAGCCUACACACUGAUCAGAAACCCAGAACUGAUGGUUCGUAGAAAAUUUGACAUGAUGAAAAGUCUGGAACUGCUUGGAAAGUUGAACAACCCAAUCGAAAAGAUGGAGAAGACACCAGAAGCUAUUGUGUAAAAACGCAUUAUAUUUAUGUUGAUGUCAGCGUUAACAUCUUGUUGAAGACAAGUGUUUAUUUAUGUACAAUGUAUGUAUUUACAUAUUUUCUGGCAGAUAUUAUCUCAUUUCAUAUAUUAAGUAUACACACCAAAGAUUUCCAUUGUUAUGUAUUUUAUUGACAUAUAUAUUUUUUAGAGUAAGCUUUUACAUAAUGACUGUUUGAUUGAGCUUAUUUGCGUGUACGCUAAACGCAUUUGCUGUUAGGAAAAUGUAAUAAUAGACAUUUACUUAUAAAUAGAUAUAUGUGUGGCCAUGAACAAAUGAUCCGUAUGAUUAUCUUUAAACAGUCGUGUUAACCGCCAUCAAGUCUGUACUAUACAGGUAUGACGUACUAUUAUUACAGAAUCAGCUCCCAUAACUCACAAACUAUUUUCUGCACGUCAAAGUGAUAUGACGCAAUGAAAUAUUCAGUUCUAAAUUAACAUUUUAUGCAGAGUUUUUAAAACUGCAUUUCAGUGAUGAUGACAUCAAUAAAGGAUUCCUUCUUGAAUCAUUUUAUCCCUUAAAUUGCAAUUAACUUGACUAUUUAAAAAUAUACAUAUCAAUUAAAUACGACAAUGAUAGGUACAUUUGCUACAUUGACUUAACGUUAAUUUACGAUAUACCUCUAUAGAUACAGUACUACACGUGAUCGGCAACCUCCGUUAUACCUCUAUAGAUACAGUACUACACGUGAUCAAUAACCUCCGUUAUACCUGUUAGAUACAGUACUACACGUGAUCAGGAACUUCCGUUAUACCUCUAUAUAUAAAGUACUACACGUGAUCAUUAACCUCCGUUAUACCUGUUAGAUACAGUACUACACGUGAUCAGGAACUUCCGUUAUACCUGUAUGUAUACAGUACUACACGUGAUCAGGAACUUCCGUUAUAUCUGUAUAGAUACAGUACUACACGUGAUCAGGAACCUCCGUUAUAUCUGUAUAGAUGCAGUACUACACGUGAUCAAUAACCUCCGUUAUACCUCUAUAUAUACAGUACUACACGUGAUCAGUAACCUCCGUUAUACCUCUAUAUAUACAGUACUACACGUGAUCAGUAACCUCCGUUAUACCUGUAUGUAUACAGUACUACACGUGAUCAAUAACCUCCGUUAUACCUCUAUAUAUACAGUACUACACGUGAUCAGUAACCUCCGUUUUACCUCUAUAGAUACCGUACUACACGUGAUCAGUAACCUCCGUUAUACCUCUAUAGAUAUAGUACUACACGUGAUCAGGAACUUCCGUUAUACCUGUAUAGAUACCGUACUACACGUGAUCAGGAACCUCCGUUAUAUCUGUAUAGAUACUGUACUACACGUGAUCAUGACCUUCCGUUACAGUACUACACGUGAUCAGGAACUUCCGUUAUAUCUGUAUAGAUACAGUACUACACGUGAUCAGGAACCUCCGUUAUAUCUGUAUAGAUACAGUACUACACGUGAUCAGUAACCUCCGUUAUACCUCUAUAGAUAUAGUACUACACGUGAUCAGGAACUUCCGUUAUAUCUGUAUAGAUACAGUACUACACGUGAUCAGGAACCUCCGUUAUACCUGUAUGUAUACAGUACUACACGUGAUCAGGAACUUCCGUUAUAUCUGUAUAGAUACAGUACUACACGUGAUCAGUAACCUCCGUUAUACCUGUAUAGAUACAGUACUACACGUGAUCAGGAACCUCCGUUACAGUGCUACACGUGAUCAGGAACCUCCCUUAGUUUCAUUUUUUGUUUCUGUUAAUUUUAACAUGCCCUCUCGUACCGAAUCUUAGUCCCGCGUGUUGACGCUAUAUUUACACUUGCCAAGCUUGAUCACUAUUCAACAAUACCAGAUUAUUUGUUAACCACUCUUGCAUAGAAACUUUAAACUUUUGUAUGAAAAUGUUAUAGUAAAGGAAUUACUUUUACUAAACAAAUUGCUUUGUUUAAAACAUUUUUAACGUACAAACACGGUAGGUUUUUGUUUUUUGGGGUUUUUUUUAAUACAGAGAAAAGUGAAUACAGAGACCCAUAGAAACUAUCUUUAGAGGAAUUACUCUAUAAAAGCAUGGUUGACAUAAACGUGAAAUCCAAUCCCUAUAUAAGAUACAUGUAUGCUUUAUUUCAAUUGCAGUUGUUUAUCUCAUAUUUUACAUCUCCUUUUUUUAUUCAUUUUUUAAAUAUUUUUUCUGUAAAUUUACGACCAAAACGAAGAUAGAAAUCCAGAUAGAUGUCCAAUUGGUUCUUGACAUGCUAAGUUGUUUACUGCGUGACUAUGUGUAAAACCCUAAUACAGUGAAACCUGUCUAAUCCGAACCCUGACUCUUCCGACAUCCUGUCAAAUCCGACACUGUACCGUAUUACCAUGAUGCAAAGUGUAGUUAACAACAAAUACCUGACUUUUCCGACACCCUGUUUAAUCCGACCAAAACUGGCACUCCCACAUGGUGUCAGAUUAGACAGGUUUCACUGUAUUCCGUAAUACAAAAAAUAUGACUAAAUAUGUAAAUAUUGGUGUUGCUGCUAUUUUAUGUUGUAUCUUGGAGGGAGUGCUAACAAAUGAUAGCAAUUAUAAUAAGCUUGCCUGUAUUAAUGACAUUUAUAAAUAUGAGUUCUGUAUGAAUUGCGUUUGACCAGGAGAUGAUAAGUCGCCGUUUAUAUAAAUGUAAACGGUAUGUUGUAUUAGGGGAUGAAGUGGAUGUGUAAAAUUAUUAUUUAUUAGUUAUUUAGAUGAAUCAACGAAACAGCAUAAAAAAACUAUAGAAAUUGUAGUUUAGUUUUAUAUUUAUCUAACUGUAUAACAGUCAUAGCGUUUUCCAAUGGUACUGGUAAUACUGUUCUUUCUGGGUACACACUAAGUACCCGCCAGAAUAUACAGUCAGGGCGGUAUUUUAUCCUGUUGUUUUUCACGACUACAUGACUUCUCCUCGAUUAUUGCCCUGUCUACUUUGAACUAUUUGUGUGUGAUGAUGCAGUGAUAGAGUUUACCCUGUGGGGCUGGUUUGUUUGCUUACACUCACUAAGAUAUUGACAUUGCUUUUAUUUGGGACCAGAUUUUGGGUUGAUUGUCUAUUUAUAGACGCGAGAUAUCUCUAUCAUGUAAGUUAAGUUCUAUUUUUAACUUGCGUGUCGACGUCAUUUUACUGUUUUCGUCGUUUGCGAUGGCAUUAGAUCGUUUAGCAUAAUUUAUAAUAUUGUUUUUGCUACAAUGCACCAAUCAUAAUACUGUUUUUGCUACAAUGCAUCAAUUAUUGUACAAUUUACAAUGGUAGUAAUGUAUUUAUAAUAAUAUGUAUGUUAAUAAGGGCUCUACUCAAACGGGUGCGCCGAGGGUCCAGUACGGAGACAGAGCUUAUGCAAGUGUGUUUUAACACUGAUGUGUCUAUGGGUUUAAUUUUCCCAUUUAACAAGACAAAAUACAAUAUGAGGUUGUUUUACACCGUAGAUCUUAUGCGAACAUUGUCUUACCAUUGGAGAGAGUCGAAAAUCACCAACGACUAGUAAAAACUUGGACAUUUUAGUAAGAGGUUACUCAUAUAUGUAUGUUCUGUUGUUAUGGAUUUAAAUGUUAGUAGCAGUCUGUAUCCCUUUGACAUAAUUUCGUUUUUUUUACCAUGACGGCUUAUAUCAAUGAAACAGGAACUUAGAGGGUACUUAUGGAUUUAGUGUAAGUUAUGAUAUUAUUUAGAUACGUUAAGUAAUGUAGGGAAUUAUCUUACUUUCAAGUGUAUUAUAUUCUUGUUCAUUCAUGUGUAUUUUAUAAUUUGAUGCGAUGUUACUUAAGAUGCUUUUGCGAGACGUGUUAUACAUUUGUAACUUUCAUGAACAUGAUUAUGUAUAUGAUAUUUGUAUAUAACACACAACAUUUUUUGACUGAUAUUCUUCCUUAAAUGCUGUACAUCAUUAUCAUUAUUUGGUGAUAAGUUUAACCGGUGAUAUUUUCACGCUUAUCUUUUAAGUAAUUUCUUUUAAAAUUGAUCUGAGUGGUGUCCCUCUCUUUUAGUCCAUGUAAGGACAGUGUAUAGACGAAUUUAUGUGUGCGACUGGUCCCAUUUAAUGUCCUCCUCACGCCCGCAGGGUCCAACACGUUUACGGGAGGUUACGGGAGGUUAUGGGAGGUUACGGGAGGUUACGGGAGGUUACGGGAGUGUUGAUUGAAUAACGGUAAACUGUAAUGGUAACACUUCCAUUCGAUAUACGAAAAAAAUACUCUAGAUAAAUGAACUCUUGAAAACAACGAAACCUAUAUAAUUACUAAUUACUUAUAUCAAUGGAUGAACUCCUUUUGUUUAGAAGUCCACGUUUAAUUUGUAAAAGUCUUUAACAUUGUGUGUUUUAAAUUGAUUUAUUAACCUUAGCAGUAUUUUUCUUAUCAUUGUGUAAACAUAUUGUUUCUAAUUGAUGAUUAAAGGUACUAAAACAAUCACCAACAAUGUCUUCGUGAAAUCCGAUAACAUUGUACUUCACUUGCCGUGUUUUAAAUAUGUACACAUUUUGAUGAUUUACAUGAAUUGACUAAUUAAAUGUGUAACUUG